AUGCUGAGGCACCGGGAGAGACUUUUGUGCAAUGAAAAAUUCAUUUGCAAAUUGCCCGACAAAGGUAAAAAGAUCUCAGACACCGCUGCCAAACUGAAAGCUGCCAUUGCAGAAUGUGAAGAGGACAGAGGAAAAAGUGAACUGUUUUACCCUGUUAGUGUAGACUUUGAGCUAAGGCAAAAAGCAGUUGCAGAAGUUGAUGUGAACAUAGAUAAGACCCCAAGUUCUGACCAGAUGCUUGAUACUUUAUCACUAGUUCCUGGCUGUUCCCCUGUAGAUAAAAUCAAGUCAUCCAAAACAACUUCAGAAAAGCAGGGAUUUGUGCAUCCUACUCACAAAGACAGUGAAAAGACUCCAGAGGCUGAGCACACUGUGAACCAGCACCCAGCUUCCAACAGCAGGGCCAGGACACUUUCCCCAACAGAGGAUGCGGAGCAUCUCCCGCAGCAUUGUGGUUCACGUCACACAGAGGAUAUUUCCAGCGUCUCGGACAACCUGUUUAUUGACAAGUUGCAAAGGAUCAUGAUUGCAGACCAAGGUGAACACCACUCAGGAGCAAGCACAGAAACCUUGAUGAGCCUCUGUAAUGGGCCUCCUAAGAGGCCUCAUUACAUGGAAGUGCUAGAAAUGCGAGCCAAAAACCCAGUGCCCCCACCACAAAAGUUUAAAACCAAUGUGUUACCGUCACAGGACAGUGGCUCACCUGGUCACUGCCAGAGGGGAGAGUCUCCUGUCUCAUCUGAGGAGCGGCGACACAGGGACAGGCAGCAUCUUGAUGACAUCAUGGCAGCAUGGCUCUUGCUGCUGCACCAUCUGCCCACACAGCUGCUGACCAUAGAAGAAUCUUUGGCACUUCAGGGACAGCAAAAACAGAAUUUUGAGGAGAUGCAAGCAAAGCUCGCAGCACAAAAAUUAGCAGAAAAACUGAAUAUUAAAAUGCAGAGUUACAAUCCAGAAGGGGAGUCCUUGAGGAAGUACCGAGAAGUAAGGGAUGAAGAUGAUGCUCUGUCCUCCGAUGAAGAAUGAGGAAUUCUGAAGAUGGGCAUUGGGGUGAUCUCCUGAGUCUCUGAUGG